AAAGGAGGAAGCUUUGAGUAAGCUACUUGCAUUGGAAAAGCAACUUGAUGCUACGCAGAAACUGGAGAUGGAAAUUAAAGAGCUAAAAGGAAAAUUGCAGGUGGUGAAACAUCUGAGGGAUGAAGUUGAUGCAGCAGCUCAAAAGAAGAUGAAAGAGGUGACUAAAGAACUGGAGCAGAAAAUUGAGGAACUGGGUGAUUUGGAAAAUCUAAAUCAAGCUCUUAUUGUCAAAGAGUGCCAAAGUAAUUAUGAGCUGCAAGAAGCUCGUACAGAAUUGAUUGUGAGCUUGCGCGAUAUGUUGACUAUUGGUCGUAACACCCUAUUUGGGAUAAAGAGAAUGGGAGAAAUAGAUGUGAAGCCUUUCCAGAACACAUGCAAGCUAAAAUUUCCACCUGAAGAAGCACAAAUCAAGGGCCCAGAACAAUGCUCCCUGUGGCAGGAAAGACUGAGAAAAUCAGAAUGGCAUCCUUUUAAAAUAGUUUUUGUUGAGGGAAAUCACCAGGAAGUCAUAGAUGAUGAUGAUGAGAUGCUGCGAAAUCUCAAGGAGGAAUGGGGAGAUGACAUAUAUGAGGCAGUCACAACAGCCUUGAAAGAGAUGAAUGAAUAUAACCCCAGUGGGUGGUAUGUGGUGUCUGAGCUAUGGAAUUUCAAGGAAAAAAGGAAAGCCACUCUGAAGGAGGUAAUUAGUUACAUUUUGAAGAAUUUGAAGACAUGUAAGCGCAAGAGACAUUGAGCUUAAG